GCUGUUCGGUCCCUGCUUCACUCGUCAGCGGUGAACGAAUAAUGGCCAGCUUCUUCUCCCGACUCUUCCUUCUGUAGCUGGUUUCUGUCUUUCUUUUUCUUUUUUUUCAUAAGUCUUUCCUCUUGUUCUGCGUUUUAUCUCUGUAUUUCUUUUCUCUGUUCUUCAAUUAUAGAGUAAUAACUCGCGGAGUGAGGUUUGGUUUGAUCGCCAAUCGGAUUCCGGCGAUUCACUAUCAUUUCCGUGUAUCAAGUUCCAGAGUUUUUCAUCUACCUUCGUCGUCAGUCGCUGUUUGCAGCGCCAGUCAAAUUCAGGCCAAAAUCUCAAUUAGGUCAGUACCAGCCUGGCCAAAAUCUCACUCAGAUUCUCAACAUGGGAUUAAGCAAAGUAGAAAUUAACCUGAGGAGGUUGCUUGCAGCAGCACCUCAACAACAGAAUCAGGCAAAGCUUAUGCAUUAUGUUGCAACUUUACGGGAACAACUGGAACAACUUUCUGAAGAGACUACUCCAGAAGGCUUACCAAGAAUUUCAAAAGCAAAGGUGAAUGACUAUUCAGAGAAGAUUGAAGCUAUAGCUGCCAAAAUAGCUUCUCCACCGGCAGUCAAUGUUAUUCCUAUUGAGGGAAGCCCUAAAGCAGAGGAAGAAGCCCAUUUUCCUUCUUCACCAGGACUGAGGAGGAGAUUUGUGCCUCCUACAAAAGUUGAAGAUAGAACUAUGACUGCCAAAACUGAUUCAUCUGCGCCUAUCAAGUUGGAUGCCUCAACACAGGCACACAUCGAAAAGCACAGAAAGCUCCAAGAAGAUUUGACAGAUGAAAUGGUUGGGUUAGCACAGCAGCUAAAGGAGAGUAGCCUUAUGAUGAACCGUUCCUUGCAAGACACAGAAAAGAUACUUCAUUCGACAGAGAUGGCAGUAGAGCAUAGCUUGGCGAGUACUGGUCGUGCCAAUGCCCGAGCAAUGGAAAUAUAUUCAGAGAGUUCUAAAACAACAUGCUUCACAUGGAUUCUAAUUUUCAUCAUGACCUGUAUUUUCAUCAUGGUUGUACUUCUCAUUCGCAUCACCUAGACAUUCAUUGGAAUAUAAUGAUUCGGUGAUUUGAGUAUGGCAAAUUCUCUAUUAAUGUGCAUGACACUGUUUACAUAACCGGAGGAUAUGCAUGAUCAUUGGAAAAUGGUGUGGAAUUCCAUCGUCCCCAUUAGUAUUUCUGUUGCUGUUUGGAGAAUUUUGCAAUUUUAAGUUACAGGUUGAAACUAAAAUUCAAGUGCUGGGUAACCAACUGGCCUCAAAGUGUGUGCUGUAAAUAUCCUCACAUUGAAUCUAUAGGUCAUUUGUUUGUCAAUGGAGUAUUAGCUUCAAAGGUGUGGACUUUGUUUCUGCCAAUUUUUUUAUUUGUAUUGUUCCAAAUGAAUAAAUUUCACAAAUAUUUGUUAGAUGGCAAGCCAAGGUUCAACCUGAAAAUAAAAAGCAAGCCAUGGCAAAACAAACUAGUUUUGGCCUUCUUUCUUUUGUUA